AUGAAACCUGUAGUGGUAACGCUGAAGUUCAAUAGGACCCAGUACAAAGGAACGCUCGUGUCAACAGAUAAUUACUUCAAUGUUCAAUUAAGUAACGCCGAGGAAAUAGUUGCUGGGGAACAUAAGGGGAAAGUAGGUGAUAUAUUUAUCAGAUGUAAUAAUGUUUUGUGGAUUGGUGAAGAUCUAGAUAAGAAAGCCUCCGAAGAAAAAGGAGAAACCGAUUAG